AUGCAGCCUUGUAUGCGUCGCUCUUCAUCAGCCUCUCAAGCCUCGGGACCCGCUCUACCAAGUUGGUUGGGAUCUGGAUCCGCCGCGGAAUCGAUCGUAGCAGCCAAGCAUAGAGCGGAUCCAGCCUUCACGUUCAAAUCCUACUUCGUGAACACAGCCUCGCUCAGCCCCUUAAGGAACGGCGGCCUGGUGACCUUAGGCUUAGAGUAG